AACAAACACAAAAACAAGAAUCAACAAUGAAGCCUUUUUAAAUAAAAUUCAUGUAUCUCGUUACUUGAUAACAAAUACAUUGAUAAUUACGGGGAAAUUGGUACAUUUUUAGAAUCUUUGUUUACUAUGGCAGACGGAGAAAGAGGCCGGGACUCUCGGAGAAAGAAAUUUUAUCCUAACAGGGAAAGAGAAGAGAAAAACUACGGAUCUAGAAGGUUGCCUAUAAUCUUGACCAAACCAGAUGGAGAUAAAGAAGGUAAAGGUGGAAAAAAUAAACCCCAAGAAAAUGCUGAAAAACCUCUUUCACAACCAACAAUAAUCCUACGUACCAGAGAUGGGGACAAUCGAGCUGUUUCUCCUAGUCAGCGAUCUGCCAGAGGUGAAAAGAAGAAUGAAACUCCAGCACCUCUAUAUCACCUGGCUCCAAAAACUUCCAGCUCAGAAAAUACAAACGCUCUUGCCCUGCCUCCCGAGAUGACGUCUUCUGUGAAACUCAUCAAUGAUCAGUUCCAAAUGCUCGACUCCUGCUUGGAGUUCCUCACUGACCAGACAGACUUCAUUGUGAUUGGCUGCGUCGGCCCCCAGGGUGCAGGGAAAUCUACCCUAAUGUCCCAUCUCGCUGGUUCGUCACCUGGCCAACUUGCCAACACAAUUUUCAACACACAGUCUCUGAGUGACCAAAUUAAGGGGAACCACUGCACAGAUGGGGUUGAUUUCUACAUUUCCCCGGACAGAGUCAUUUACUUGGAUUGUCAACCAAUCCUGUCACAUUCUACGUCUUUGGACAUCAACUUAUUGAAAAUACCGUCAUCGUCACAGAGUUACAUGGACUCUAUGUUUUUCGAGAAUCUGUCGAGUGUGUUGUCUCUACAGCUGACUGCCUUUCUAAUGUCCGUCUGUCAUGUUGUGUUAUUUGUACAAGAUACUUUCAACAACCCCAACCACAUCGGAUUUCUCCACACGGCCGCCAUGUUGAAGCCCCCCACCAACACAUCUGCAGAGGACUGUCUGGUGGAAUACUUCCCUCAGAUCAUGUUUGUCCACACUCACUGCAGCUCGGAGGACUUCUCUGUACCCAGGGUCAAACUUAUACAGGACUGGUACAGCAAAGCCUUCAGCAAGUCUAUGCUGCAGAUUCAUAGUGGUAUUGGGAUUGCUAAUGGAGGAGUGAUUGAUGCCCUCACUCCCACCUCCCUGGACCAGGAGCCGUUGAAUCUGUUCCUGUUGCCAUCUCUGGUUGAUGAGGAACCUAAUGGCCAUUUCCAAGGUCAUCCGGGAUAUGAGGAUCUGAUUAUCAAGAUGAAACAACAACUCACUGGCAUCACAACAUAUCAGCUGUCUACCACUCAACUCUCGGAGAAAAAUUGGUUUCAUUACGCAAUGAAAGUGUUUGAAAACACCAGGAAGAGUUCAUUUUUCCAAGAGUACAGCCGCAUUCUACCUUGAACAGCUGAUUGGCACCAGUUGUUUGCAGAUUUUGAUGUUCUUAACAGCUGAUUUCGGAGGUAAAGAGUAGCUCCAAAAACACAACCAAGACAAAGAUGUAUGGAUAUUCCAUCUGUUGGCAUUGCAGAGCAUAUUCUAAAAUGCUCAAGUACAAGUUGUUUUUAGCCUAGAACUUAUUUCUGGUUUAUUGAAUGAGGAAGCAAUGUCAGAACUUUGUGUUAAGAAUUGUUUAAGCGAAUUUG